ACCCAACGGUCAUCUUUCACAAUCCAUUUCCAUUUCCAUUUCCCAAAACCAUAAACCCUAAACCCCCAAACCUCCGAAUGAGACAGUAACAAUGACGAUCCACUCGGUGGUGAUCCAGAAGCUUCUGAGCACAAACGCUCACCUCGGCCGCCGCGUCGUGGCGGACCACCUGAAACCCUACGCCUACGGCAUCCGCAAUGGCAUGGCCGUUCUCGACUCCGACAAAACCCUAAUCUCUCUCCGCACCGCCUGCGCUUUCAUCGGAGCCCUAGCUCGCAACAACGCUCGCUUUAUGUUCGUCAACACCAACCCUCUCUUCGAUGAGAUCUUCGACCAGAUGACCAAGAAGAUCCACCUCUACAAUCCGAACCAGAACACUCUGUGGCGCACCGGUGGUUUCCUCACCAACAGUCGGAGCCCGAAGAAGUUUCGAUCUCGGAACAAGAAGCUCUGCUUCGCUCCUCCUCAGCCGCCGGAUUGCGUUGUUAUUCUCGAUACUGAGAGGAAAUCGUCGGUCGUGUUAGAGGCCGAUCGGCUUCAGAUUCCGGUGGUGGCGAUCGUUGAUUCGAGUAUGCCUUUGGAUAUUUAUAAGCGGAUUGCGUAUCCGGUGCCGGCCAAUGAUUCGGUUCAGUUCGUGUAUUUGUUCUGUAAUUUGAUUACAAAGACUUUUUUGGCGGAGCAGAAGCGGUUUGCGAAACAUGAUUCUAUUGCUGUUGACGAUGAUUCUUCGAAGAUCGAAAAUACUGAGGAAGCAAAACGCGUCGAGGAGAGUGAGAAUGUUGGGGUUUCUCCUAAGGAUGAAGUGGUUGUUGUUCCUUAUGAGAGCUUGGCACCCAUUUCUCAAGAUAGAGCGGAAGCUAAGGAGCUUCUGGAGAAGCUUGUCGUGUUGAAGUUCAAUGGAGCUUUGGGGAAAGAGAUGGGUUUCAAUGGCCCUAAGUCAGUGAUUGAAGUGUGUAAGGGGUCAACAGUUCUUGACUUGAUUGUUAAACAAAUUGAGUCUCUAAACUCCAAGUAUGGAUGCAAUGUUCCUUUGCUUCUUAUGAACACAGCCAAAACAAAUGAUGAUACCGUGAAGGUUGUAGAGAAAUAUCCCAACUCAAACAUUGUGACGCUGAAUACAUCAGAUGGACAGGCUAGUGAGAAUGAAGCGUAUCCUUCUGACCAUGAUAUGGUGUUCCUUUCCCUAAUGAAUGGUGGAACCCUUGAUGUAUUAUUAUCCCAGGGUAAGGAGUAUAUUCUUGUGGUUGGCUCAGAUAAUGUUGCUGCUGUUGUUGACCCAAACAUCUUAAAUCAUUUGAUUCAAAACAAGCUUGAAUAUUGUAUGGAGGUUACGCUGACCACCUUAUUUGAUACGAAUAAUAGUAUUCUUAAUUCACACCAACAAAAGUUUCAGCUUGCUGAGAUCGCAAGGAAUUCUAAUGAACAUUUGGCAGACAAGUUCAAACUUACCGAUACAAGAAGCCUGUGGGUGAACUUGAGAGCCAUUAAAAGUCUUGUGGAUACAGAUGCACUGAAGAUUGAGAAUUAUACUGUUUCUAAGGGAGGAAAGAAUGAUAAAAUUCUUUCACCAAAAACAGCAGCUGGUUCAGCAAUACAGUUCUUUGAUCAUGCAAUUGGUAUUAAUGUCCCCCAAUCUCGUUAUCUUCCAAUGAAUGCGACGUCAGAUUUACUUCUUCUCCAGUCAGAUUUGUACACCUCCAACAAUGGCGUUUUAGUUCGCAAUUCAGCUAGAACAAAUCCAUUAAAUCCUUCAAUUAUUUUGGGGCCUGAAUUUGGAAAGGUUAGUGACCUCCUAAGUCGCUUCAAGUCCUUUCCUAGCAUUGUUGAACUGGACAGCUUGAAGGUAACAGGUGAUGUGUGGUUUGGAGCUGAUGUAACGCUCAAGGGGAGAGUAAAUAUUGUUGCAAAACCUGGGAUGAAAUUGGAAAUUCCUGAUAGAGCAGUACUCCAUAAUAAGGACAUCAGUGACCCUAUUGACAUUUGAGGAGUUAAUUAGUGUUCUGGAGAAGCUGCAAGGAGCUGGUGGACAGGAUAUGCUGCUGAACAUUUUCAUUUAGAGGCAGCAAGAGCUUCUGUCAACACACAGCUGGAGCUUCCAUUCGCUUUGCAGCAUUCAUUUCAGCAUAGAGUGGGAGCACCAGGCAUCAAGUCUGAUAAUUAUUUUUAGCCAGGGGGAGGAUUCAUAGUCUGCAAAACUGAAUAAUCUUCAAACCAGAUUUUCCUUAGAAGAAGCUCCCUUGCAUUAAAAUCUUGGAGCAAUAAUUCACUUGGGUUUUACCAUCACUGUUAGUCUGUAGUUUGACUGAUUUCAUGUUUUUGCCGCAAGUGAUGGUCGCCCUAUGUUAACCAUAUAAUUGGGGCUCCCUAAGAGACCACUUGGCGGCUGAAUGCUUGAUUUUGUCUUUUGUUCUUUUGGCCCAUUUCCUGCGUGCUUAAUUAGCCUCAGUCAGAUUUGAAAUUCGUCUUUGGGGAUUCAAGACCCAGUGAGUGCAUGUAUAACUUACCAAUAAUAAAAAAAAAGAUCUGAAAAUUCAUUUACCUAA